AUGGUGCCCUCUGUGGCCGAGCUCGAUCGUAUACCUGAGCGCGUCAUCCGCCUGCUCCGUCUCUCCAUCUACGGCGGCGCUGCCUUUGCAGCUUACAAGAUCCAGUGGAGGACUGUUCUUAAGGAUUUCUUCACCGGUCCAGGGCGCAUCAGCCGCAUCCUGAUGCUCAUCUUCGCGCUGUUCAACUUCAAGAACCUGCCUGGCAUGUGGACCAUCCGUCUCUGGCACGCCAUCCUCUACCAUUGCUUCAUGCGCAAGGCUCCCCGCCUCGGCCCGCGCUCUCUCUUCCGCCCCUUGAUCUCCGAAUCACACGCUCCCCUGACGGAGAUCGAUUACAACAUCCACAAGUCGAACUCGACGUACUUCUCCGACCUGGACAUUGCACGCUCCCACAUGGCCUCCCACCUCUUGCGCCCCGGCUUCCGCAAGCUCACGCACAACACGAAGACAGGCGUCAUCAUCGACGACAUCACGGGCAAGCCCCGCCGCGGCAACUUCGGCAUCAUGCUCGGCGCCGUCCACUGUUCCUUCCGCCGCGAGAUCACGGCUUAUGCGCCCUAUGAAAUGUGGACCCGCAUCCUCGCCUGGGACCGCAAGUGGCUCUACAUGGUCACCCACUUCGUGCCCAAGGGCAUCGCCCGCCCCUCUGAGUACCUCGACACCAAGUUUGGGCCGCGCGCGCACGCGCAAGGGCCGUCCCGACAGCAAAGAAGCCAAUGCGGUGACAAUACACCGAGCUACAUCAUUGGACAGCAGCAGGCUACUGCCGCGCAUCCGAGGGCCGGAGGUUUGCGCGCGACCCACGGCGUUGGCGACGAGGAGGAUCUCGGCGAGGUCGCCAACGAUGGUUCGUGGGACUGGAAGAUGGUCGAGAACAGAAGGCGCGAGGGAAUGGUGUUUGCGCAGCAGUUUGCCAACCUCGACACGCUGGAGUCGUGGUUUGAUGGCGGUGAUGGCGGCGAUGGCAGUGCCCUCGGAAGAUUUGGCUUGAGCGCGGCGUCCUGGUGA